AUGAUAUUGAUAGUGCGAUAUCUCAGUUUCUAUAAAAAGACUGUGGACUUGCUGAUUGACAACAAAAUUGUAUCACCUGAACAAAUUACACUUCCUGUUGUGUCAAAAGCCAUCUUCUAUCUAUGGCAGGACAUUGCCACUGAGAGAAAUUCCUUUAUUUUUCAACAAUGUAACUUGAGAGAUACUACUUUCUCACCGGACUUAGAAUUUUGCUGUCAAGUGCCAGUCUGUGUUGAGGAUCAUAUGCACACUGAAUUACAAGACAGUCAGGAAGGAAACAGUUCUGCAGAGUCUAACUCAGAUGAGAUUUUCAUUGAAGAUGCUUUCGAUGUUGCCUCAGAUAUCCUUGAAAGAGGUGAUAGUCAUGCCAUAUUAAAUGACAGUCUUCAUUUCUCAGGUCUUCUUUCUGAAAAUCCAGAGGGGAACUGCAAACUUUACAGACACAUUGUUAAUUUUAUUAAAACUGAGUUAUGUGGCACUGCGGCUUCCCAGUGUUACAAUUUACAGGAAGCUGCUCAUGUUGACUAUGAAACUGUCAUGCUGAGCUGUACAGAAACCUUUGAUGAUGAAGACCUGUGAAUUACUUCUGAUGGGGUUACUUUUUUUCUCCUACUGCAUCUUUGGUUGCUUUAAUUUGAGUUAUAUUUUCAACAAAGAUCAGUGUUUAUGUUGUUUGAUGCCAUUUAACAUUAACCAAUAUUUUAAUUAGUAUAUCUGUUCACCUUAAAACAGAAACUUUAUAAAGUUACUUCAUAGAUAUUUUAAACAGCAUGUUAUUGUUUGCCAUAAAAUUCUUAACAAAAUAUUCAGUGACACUUUCCAUUAUUGUACAGUUUUACAUUACAGACCUUGUUUUAAUAUAUAACAAUGUAUAUAUGUUAGAUACAAUACAAAUAAUUAUUUAUACUCUUAGUUCAUUUUAGUGUUUAUUUAUGA